GUAAAUUUCGCUGGAAACUAAGACUUUUGAAUUCGUCUAUAACCGGAGAGUUUUUUUCUAUAGUUCACUCUCAAAACAGAAGAGCUUGCAGAGUUCCAUGGCGCGAGAUAAGGCAGAGGGCAAAGAUAGGAAGGUCAGAAGGCAACGGAAGCGUAAGGCGCGCACUGAAGUCGCCUCGUCUUCCUCUGAUUCGGAAGAAAGUAAUCGCGCAGCAUCUCCGACGCCUCCAACUGGUCAAACAGCAAAUCCAAGUCUUCCCGAUGGCUCUACACAGGAGGAAAUACAGCACGAUGUCGAGCCCGUUCCCUCCAGAAUAACGGAGGCUGAUCCCAAUAAUCUGACCGCCGAUUUCGAAGCGUAUUAUCUGCGAAGAAUUGCGACUGAGUUCGCGGAGGAUCUUAAUAAAAUUCGCACCGCUGAUGAUUUCGACGAUGAUUCUUUGCCAAUACUGCUGAGCGCAUUGAAGCAAGGCACAGGCAUAUUCUCUACUUCCGAACGCCAAACUGUCCUAAGAGCAGGGAAAAGGAAUGCCGCUGGAGCUAACUCCACUCCUGCUCCGAAUAUCUCCCCAUCUGCUCGCCAUUUGAUGUGGAACAAUUGGAAGGCUGCCAUUCUUAGGACGCAGGGACACGUUGCAGUCUAG